AUGGGCAUACAAGAUCCCUUUUGCAUUGCAGUAAGGCUCCAAUUUGCUUCUCUCCUAUUGACUCGACAGUCCCCGAAGGUCUGGCCUGUGAUUCUGAUUUCAAUUGUGUAUCUGGCACCCGAGUCGCCAUGGUGGCUUAUUCGAAGAGGCCGAUUGGAUGAAGCGAGGACGAUCAUGAAACGACUCACCUCCGCCAGGAACAUCAACUACGACCUAGAGAAGAAUCUCAAAUUGAUGGUAGCAACCACCGAGGACGAAUGCGCACUCGAUAGCAGAACCACUUACUGGGCUUGCUUGAGUGGCCCGAAUCUUCGUAGGACACUCAUUGUCAUUGGAAUAUACUGCAUUCAAACGUUUAACGGAAACCUGAUUCGCGGAUACUCGACAUACUUCCUCCAACAAGCUGGCAUGGCAACAACUAAUGCUUUCAACAUGACCAUUUUGGGUUUUGUUUGGUGUUGGGACGUUGUUACGCUAACUCAAUUCUCUCGGUGGGAUCUCUUACCGCUCUUUGGGAGACGAACCAUCUACUUCUGGGGCGUGUGCUUGAUGUUCGUGCUCAUGCUUCUCAUCGGAUCACUCGGGGUGCCACAGGCACAAACGCACGAAUCGGCAUACUCGUGGGCAAUCGGGUGCGUGUUGAUCAGCUCAUCGUUCCUAUAUAACUGCUCCAUCGGUCCGUUGACCAAUACCCUGUGUUCGGAAAUCCCAUCGGCGUUGCUUCGCAGCAAGGCCCUCGCCAUCUCCCGCUGGACUUAUGUGCUGACUGGCAUUGUUGCUGGGCCCCUCACCCCUUACAUGCUCAAUCCGACCGCAUGGAACUGGUCAGCAAAGACCGGCUUCUUCUGGCCCGGACCUUGUUUCCUGUCCGCAAUUUUCACUUUCUCUUUCGUCCCCGAGACUAAGAACCGAACUACCACCGAGAUGGAUCUAUUGUUCGAGAUGAAUAUCACCCCACGCGCUUUCUUUAAGCAGCACGUAAACCUCACCGCUACUGCUAAUACUAACGUUGAGGAAGUGGGUCGGACACUUCAGAUGGAGAAAAUCCGUUAA